CCUGUCUUGGGAUUGAUUUCCCUCAUUCUCUUGGGCGCCGGACUGCUCUUCCAAUUCUUUGUCAUUCUGUCCGGCGUGUCAAACACUACACCUCUCAACAAGACCUACUUCAUUCAGGUCGACACCACAGGCACUUCGGCUCCUCGCAAUCCCUCUCGCUGGACCUUCUUCUACAUUUGCGAAGCCAUCAACGGCCGCAACGGAAACUGCGGUUCUCCCGUCCCUGCUCUGCCUUUCGACCCCCCAAGAAACUUUGGCAGCACCCAGGGCGUUCCUGAGUCCUUUAUUGGAACCCACCACUACUACUACCUCUCCCGUUUCAUGUUUGCUUUCUACCUGAUCGCUCUCUUCUUCGCUGCCAUCGCCUUCUUCACCGGAAUCCUUGCUCUCUGCACUCGUCUUGGCUCUUACCUCUCCGGCCUCACCGUCGCCNNCGCAUGCUUCGUCCAAGGCCGCAACGCCUUCCGUCGCAACGGACAGAAUGCUACCCUUGGCCGCUACGGCUUCGGCUGGACCUGGGCUGCCUUUGCCGCCUACUUCCUCGCCAUGAUCCUCUUCUGCGUCGGCGGUGCCGUUUCCAAGUCAAGCAGCACCACUCCCCGCAAGGGCGGCAUGUUCGGUCGCAAGGCUAGCACCCGCUCGCGCGGCAGCUUCAUCGACUCGGAGAGCCAGAGACGCGUCAAGGAAGAGUACGAG